CGCACCAGUUUAGGUGUCCUUGUAGCUGCCUGCAGAGAAACAGUAACUGUCAGCAGCAGCGCAGCUGUCCUUCACUGCUGGAGUUAUUGCUCUCAUGCUAAGUUUCAGCGUGUCAGAGACCGGACACAGUUUUAAUGCUGCUUUAGGAUUUAUCGCGUCUGUUGUGUCUGUUCGGUGUUUUUAAACGCAGCCAGUGUAACAGCCGGGAUGGACUGUCGUGUGUUGUCCGUUCAGAGUCAUGUUGUCAGGGGUUACGUCGGGAACAAGUCGGCAACAUUCCCGCUGCAGGUUCUGGGCUUUGAAGUGGACUCUAUCAACUCUGUGCAGUUCUCCAAUCACACAGGCUACGCCCAUUGGAAGGGGCAAGUACUGACGGCAGAGGAGCUGAAUGUGCUAUAUGAGGGUAUCAAACUCAAUAAGGUGAACCACUAUGACUACAUCCUCACAGGCUACAGCAGGGACACGUCCUUCCUGGAGAUGGUGGUUGAUAUUAUUCAGGAGCUGAAGAAGGCCAAUCCCAGCCUGGUAUAUGUUUGCGAUCCUGUUAUGGGAGACCACGGUGCUAUGUACGUCCCAGAGAAGCUGCUGCCAGUCUACAGGGACAAAGUAGUGCCUUUGGCCGACAUCCUCACCCCGAACCAGUUUGAAGCAGAGCUAUUAACUGGGAGGAAAAUCAACACAGAGUCAGACGCUUUUGAGGUGAUGGACUUGCUUCAUAAAAUGGGUCCAGAGACCGUGGUCCUCACUAGUACAGACCUGCCCUCGAAACAUGGGGACCAGUUCCUGUUGGCCCUUGGGAGCCAAAAAACAGUGAAACCAGAUGGGACCAACACCAGUCAGAGAAUCUGCAUGGACAUCCCCAAAGUCGAUGCUGUAUUUGUGGGUACAGGAGACCUGUUUGCUGCCAUGUUGCUAGCCUGGACUCACCAUCACCCCAAAGACCUGAAGGCUGCCUGUGAAAAGACUGUUUCAGUCAUGCACCAUGUCAUUAAGAGGACCAUCACUUAUGCUAACGAGGCGGCUGGCCCCGGGAAAAGGCCUAGCCCUGCACAACUGGAGCUGAGGAUGGUUCAGAGCAAAGCUGACAUUGAGAAUCCUGCCAUCGUAGUAGAAGCUAAGGUCUUACAAAAGUCUUAAGACUGAAGACAUUUUCGUGAACAUUCACAUCUCGCUGGUACAAAUCAGCUUUAAAUCUGGGCGAUACAUGUAGGAUCUUCACAUCAAAGACUGUCACGUGUCUCUGCCUUAUACAGUAGAAUCUCUGAGGGUGUACCACUGUGUUUUUCAUGAGGAAAAAAUUUGAUUUGUUGUAUGUACAUUCUGCACACUGGAAUCACUGCCAUAUGUGUCUGUACUAUGGCCUGUGUAGACAUCAUCUGCCCUAGAAUCAAAACAAAAAAGAACAUUAGACAACGAUGUUUAGGUUUAAAGGUAGUGUACUUGAGUGAUAAGUGUACUUGAAUCUUCUUUAUCAUGCUGAAAAUUAUUUCUUGGUAUAAAACAACUCAUCUCGGUUAAGAAUAGGAAAUAAACAAAACCAAACGAUGCAUGCAUGAUCAUGCCUCUACUUAUUAUGGCUAUAAUAGUAGGUUAAAUGUACUUAAAGUGUGUUUCUCACAAGGCAUUAUAAGCACAUCAUUGUUUGCAAUAUAAUCAAAACAUGAUGCGUUAGGUACAUAAUGCAAAAACAAAGGGGUUAACAGCUUCUGGUGAAACUAUAUGUAAUAAUUGUAAUAAUAAUAACAAUGAUGUCAGAGUAUUUCAUUGCACUGUGAAUUUUCUGAAAUGAUAAUUAUAAAAAGGUAUGAAUGCAUGCAAUGUGCUUAUAAUGAACUUGGGUGUUACCACAUUUAUACAUUCAGAAUGGAUUAUAAGUGCUGAGAUAUGUAACGUAUAACAUUGUAAAAAAUGUCAAACAUCAUAUGCAAUUAGUAUGUGGUCUAUACGUCUAGUUUCAUUACCCCAAUUUAUUUCAUUUUGUUUUGUUUUAGACAAAUUGUAACUUUAUUGAUUAUCGUGAUUAUAGUUGAUGUCUGAAAUGGUUCUUUUAAACAAUUUUCUGGAAAUGUUUUUCACCUUCUUUUUUAAUUAUGCAAUGUGUUCUUGAACUAGCAGAUGUGUAACAUGUUAACAUCUCAAAUUGAGGUAUUUGCACAGAUAAUCUUUACUAUACACUAUUUACUAAUGAUAUUUUUUUUUUUUUUCAUUUUUGACUGUUGUCAUAUCUCAAACAAAAAAGAGUCGGUAUGAGAGACCACGCUGUUUAAAUAGCCUUAACGCAGUUAGGAAGAAAAACAUUGGUUGUGAAUGUUUUGAUGUACCAAUGUAAUAGUCGAUCCUCACACAUAAUGUUAGAAAGUCAAGUGCCAAACUUCGAGCUGCUGCUCUGAUAUAGAGCAAUAUGAGAACAGAAAUAAUAAAUUAUUAAUCUUUUACUGAAAA